AGUAGUUUUGUUUCAAGUUGUUUGUUCCAAGCCGCGCGGGUUGGGGUUGAACUCGUGGCUUGCAGCGUUGCUUAGGCGCCGCGAAGGCGAUUGGCCAUGGGCAACGCUCACACGGGAGUCGUGUCUUGCCACACGGUUGCUCACCAUGAGGGAGCGACCGAGAGCUUCGUGGAGCUCGCGCCAGAGAGCCCCUCUGGCCUCGGCGGCGCCGCGGACCGCCCAGAGAGAACGGUCUCCCGGAUGAUGACCCACGCGAUGACGCACCGCGUGGCGACGGGGGCGGAGGGCGACCUGGACAGCACCGGCUACAGCCUGGCGGACUUGGUGACCGCGCUCGAGGCCUGCACCACCAUGACAGUCGCGAAGUACCGCGCCGUCCUGAAGAGCUCGGGCGAUUCGGAGGAGGCGCUGCCAGAGGUCAAGAGGUGCGAGGAGGCGCUCAAGCGGGUGGAGAAGCAGCUCAAGGCCGCGCAGCGUCUCCAGGAGCGGCAGGUGGGGCAGGGGGGCGAGGCCGACACGUGGCUGCACAUGUACACCGGCGGCCGCAGGAGGGUAAAAAGCCUCAAGGCGAUCGCCACCAGGGUGCAGAUGGAGAACUCGAUCAUCAGGCACUGGAGGAAGCAGAAGGGCAACAGCUACGGGCAGGCGCAGAUCGCGCAGGGCAUAGAGAAGAUGCCGAUCGACCAGUGGAGUGGCGUGGACGUCUUCGAACUCGAAAGGGAAAACCAGCAGCCGCUGACCACUGUCUUCAUGACGAUAUGGAAGCGCCGCGGCCUGGACCAGCUGUGCAAGACGCCUGAGGAGAAAGUCUUCGAGUUUAUCCGAUCCAUGGAGCUGGAGUACAAGAGCAACCCCUACCACAAUCGCAUCCAUGCUGCCGAGGUGACCCUCACUGCUUACUACUUGUGGUCGCAGCUGGCGGCCCAGCAGGGCUGGCAGGACUACUUCGUCGGGGUGGAUCUGCUCGUGCUCCUCCUGGCUGCGGCAGUACACGACGUAGGGCACCCUGCAGUGAACAACGAUUUCAUGAUCAAGACAAGGGAUGACCUGACCCUGCGGUACAACGACAGGUCGGUCCUCGAGAACUAUCACGCGGCCACCGCGUUCCGGGCGAUGAGGGACAGGGGCAUCAACCUGCUUGAGCACAACCUGCCCAGCCCACCCCCGGGCGCGUUGCGCACGAGGGUCAUCGAUAUGGUGCUGGCGACCGACAUGGAGGUCCACAAGCAGACCGUUGGCGCCCUCCAUUCCGAGGUCCAGGACAACGCCAGGGUGCAGGACAUAAACAAGUUGGUGCUUGAGAAGAACGUACUUCACAUGUCUGACAUCGGGCACCCCCUCCGGCCAAAGGACCAGCACCGGGAGUGGAGCCGGCGCUGCACCGAGGAGUUUUUCGCCCAGGGAGACCGCGAGAAGUCGCUCGGGUUGCAGCCAAUGCAGCUGUUCGACCGCGAGCUGGCGCCCCCGCUGGCAAAGGGCCAGCUUGGUUUCCUCAACUUCGUGGUGAUGCCCACUUGGAAGGCGAUGCGCCUAGUCCUUGGCGACGAAGGCGCGGCAACCCUGGACAAGUGCCUGAAGGAUAACGUCUCCAGCUGGGAGGCGGAGGCCGCGCGCUGGAGCGAGGACCAGUCCGCGCGGCUUGCCGUGGCGGAGCCGAUGGGGCACAAGGCCCGUGACGGCAUUGCGGAAGGCAAGCAAAAACAGUCACACGGUCUCGAGUAGCAAUUCUCCCUCUUCUGGUUUUCUCCUCCUCGCUGGGGCUACAGCUUCCCAUGUCCUCAUCCCCCCAGAAUUUCUCAGUUCCUUCCUCUCCCCUCCAAAAUCGACCCCAGGACCUCUCCAGGGGUGCGUUCUGGCCAGGACUUCGAGGCGGAUCCGGCCGCGGCGACGGGGAGCGCCCCCCGAGGCCCAAACCAGGGAGAAAGGCGCCCGAACACCUGGACCCUCGACCGCCGCGACGACGGGAGGCCACAUCGCGCAGCGUGUACGACGUCGUCGCCCUCGCCUCCACCGCCGCCGCCGGGGGCGCCUGACCCGCGCGCGCGGCGAUCAAGUGCCCCCCGAGCGCCGCCAGCCGCGCGGCAGCCUGGCUGCCAGAAGAGCACCUGGCCGCCCGCGAUAAGGACCGUCGACAGGAGCGGCCAGCCUCACUCCGCACUCCUCCGCAUUCCUCGACACUCCUCCGGUUUUGUUGACGUUGAUCGCACCCUCCUUCGUCAAUUUGGCCUCCUCUGCAAAAUUAGCCUGACGAAAGACCCAACCAUAUGCUGCUGCGAGUACGGCGAGGGAGAGGAGACGAAGGAGGGGGGGCAGCAAAAAGGACUGCGGCGCGCAUGAGGGGGAGAAAAGUUGACGCGGGCGAGCAGAGAGUCUUCUUGGGAUGUGCCACAAUGACGCGGCGUAGACCUGUAAGACCUGUAAGAGCGACCUGUCGCCAACGAGCGGCUUUACAAAGCGGCAUCAUAAGAGUGCCAGUCGACGCGACGGUAGAGGCCUGACUUCGCACCGCCACCCGCUGCCGCUGCCAGGCUCUUUGGAGUGGCCAUCGGCAGGGACCGCAAAGGUCGACGGGUUGCGGCGGUCGCCCCUAGGAUCACCCCUACGGCACCACUGCGGAUUGAGGCAACGACUCGGUGACGAGUGGAAACGUUGUAGAAGUCCUCUCUCUGCGUGGUUGUUGGACGGGCUCCGUGGGUGCCCGCCACUGCGGCGCUUAGGCCGUUGCGGGUUUCUGUUGAUUGUCGUUCUGAUGAGUUUUCCCAGCGGGGGCGGGGGGACACCGCGUUUUCCACCCAGCGCCGUUUUCACGGGCACCUUCACGGGUGCGCCGCUGGGGCUGCUACUGAUCAUUGUUCAACACUGCCGCUCGAUGCGGUAAACUAACACGCGGCACCGC